CCUGGGCUAACUCGCAUCCAUGGGCUAACUGCUGCAGCACUCACAUAAAUAAUGAAGUAAAUUAUUUAAAACGACAUAAAUGUGUUGCUAAGUUUACAAAGUGACAGCAACGCCGUGGUGAAAGUGAUUUUCGAUAACGUUAUGGCAGGGAGAAAAAGAAAGAUGCUAGCAACGGCAGUAGCAGCGGCAACACCUGAAGUAAAUAAACAUAAAAACCACACUACGGAUGUAAAACUGAAGGUUUCACCUGCCGAGCUGAAGAAGCCCGUUCAGUGUGAACAAAAUGUCCCAAGUGCUGAGACAGAGCGAAGCCAUUAUUUCACCAAGACUGACCUGCAGCACAGACUGGGACAGGACUUUUUCAACCAACCUUGCAUUACUUUGGCGAAAGCGUUCCUCGGCAAGGUGCUGGUCCGCAGGUGUGCGGAUGGUACUGAGCUGCGAGGGAGAAUAGUGGAGACUGAGGCUUACCUGGGAGGGGAGGACAGAGCUUCACACUCAGCAGGAGGCAAACGCACAGAGAGGAACAUGGCCAUGUUCAUGAAGCCAGGCACCAUCUAUGUGUAUCCAAUCUAUGGCAUCUACCUCUGUAUGAACGUGUCUAGUGAAGGGGAGGGUGCUGCCGUGCUGCUGCGCUCCCUUGAGCCCCUGCAGGGUCAGCCUGUCAUGAGGCAGCUGAGGGCAGCCAGACGCAGAGAGGGAGCCCGACAACUUAAGGACAAAGAGCUCUGCAACGGGCCUUCCAAGCUGUGCCAGGCUCUAAAUAUACCUCGCUGUUUUGACCGUCAAGACCUGGCCUCAGACCCAGAGGUGUGGCUGGAGAAGGACCCCAACACAAAUCCAGCAGAACUCUGCGAUAUAGUAUCAGCACCACGCGUUGGAAUCGAGUCCCAUGGCGAAUGGGCCAAGAAGCCGUGGAGGUUUUAUCUUCGUGGGCACCCCUGUGUUAGUGUAGUGCAUAAAGAGGCAGAAAGACAGUCUCAGUCUGGAAAUGUAAUGAACGCUUCAGAUGUGCAGGCUGACACGGGACAUGUCAAAAGGAUUUAACAGGAAUAUUCCUUACACUACUCUGCCAUCUGUUCCCAUUGUGGACUUCACCAUUUACACAAAAUAAAAACUUAAGAAGACAGUACAUCUUACACGUAUGAAAUUAAUAAUUCCAUUAUAUUUUUUAUAAUUUUGUGGCUCUUAGAAAGUCAUGACAUUAGAAUAACCUCCAAGACUGGUUGAGUCUAAUUUCUAAUCUGCACAGAUUAUACAAAAUGUUUCUCAUCCAUUUUAUUAUUUCCCCCUAUUUAUGGUACUGAUGCAAACCUGUACUGGAAAAUAAUCGAUUACAACUUAAGGCACUAAGAGUAAGCCUUAGUUUAUCAGUGCCUAUAAAAAAUAUCUGUUCUGAAGCUCACAAGUCUCUUUUGUUCAGGUCUUCCAUCUGUUUUUUAAUAAACAUUCAAACUUGGGAAAUUCU